AUGGAUCCUUCCUGGUUGCAGUACACUGACCCAACCCAAGCACGAGACCUGACGGUCGAGGCUGCUCAAAGCAUAUCCAAAGCCAUCAAGGGAGGAAGCUCGUCUGCUCGGAAUAACAUGCCCUUCGCCAAGCUCAAGGCUCUUCUUGACAGUAGAAGUGAUCGCGAUAUCCUGGAUGGCUUGAAAAGAGUGGUCUCGAUGAUGUACCAGAACAAACCAUGUCUACCGUACUUCUCAUCGGUUGUCAAGAACGUUGCGAACCCUAACCUGGAGGUCAAGAAGCUCGUCUACAUUUAUCUCCUGCAUUACGCCGAGUCCGAUCCGGAUUUGGCGUUGCUUUCCGUCAACGCCAUCCAAAAGUCCCUCACAGACCAGAAUCCACAGGUCCGGGCCUUGGCUCUGCGCACCAUGUCCGGGAUGCGAGUCCCAGUCAUCAGCCAGAUCGUUUCUCUGGCUAUCAAACGGGGCGUGGGUGACAUGAGCCCUCAUGUGCGAAAGGCUGCUGCUCUCGCGAUCCCAAAAUGCUACAACCUCGACCCAAAUACCCUGCCGCAAUUGCUCGACUACAUCUCCACGUUAUUGGGUGAUAAGCAGUAUUUCGUUGUGGGUCCAGCAGUUCAGGCAUUUCUCGAAGUGUGCCCCGAUCGUAUCGACCUUGUACACAUGCAUUACAGGAGUCUUGUCAAGAAAUUGGUUGACAUGGAUGAAUGGAGUCAGCUAGCAACCUUGAAGCUUCUCUUGUUCUAUAGUCGACGCUGCUUCCCUCGUAAGACCCAAAAAGUCACCAAAGUCAACAAAAAGGGAUUUUAUGAGGACGAGCCCGAAGAGACCGUCGACACAGGCGAGGUGAUGGAGGUGCUGGAUCCAGAUCUGGAACUAUUUCUCCACGCUUGUAAGCCUUUGCUGCAAAGCCGAAGUGCAGCUGUUAUCAUCUCGGUCACCAGUUGCUAUUUGUACCUGGGCACCCCGCACUAUCUUCGAGAAGCUGUGGGCCCAUUGAUCGGACUGAUGCGCGGACCGCCUGAAGUGGAGGAAGUGGCACUAUGCAACAUUGUCCUGGUUGCCUUGUCCGCGCCCGACCUCUUCGUUUCCUACGCGUCACAUUUUCUGAUCCGGGCACAAGAUUCUCCGCAUAUAUGGAAACUGAAGAUCGAACUUCAGACCCUCAUCUUUGCGCAUGCGGCAUUACAUCUCAAGUCCAUCAUUCUUAGCGAGCUGGAGCAUUUUUCUCACUCGUCAGACGUUGAACUCACACGCGAAUCAGUCCGUGCUAUUGGAAGAUGUGCACAAUCGGAUCCCAAGGACGCUCACCGAUGCUUCCAGGUUCUUCUGAACCAAAUAUCCAGCUUCGACAAUACUCUGGUCUCGGAAGUGCUCACCGUCAUGCGUCAUCUAAUUCAACAGGACCCAGCCUCCCACCGGAAGACUGUGGUGCGCCUGGCAAGGAACUUGGAUAAAACCACGAGUCCCGAGGCUCGAGCUACAAUCAUAUGGCUCGUGGGAGAAUUCGCAAGCCUCGACCCGGACAACAACAUAGCGCCUGACGUUUUGCGCAUCCUGGCCAAAGGGUUUGCCGAUGAAAGCGAAUCUGCCAAACAACAGAUUGUCUUACUCGCUGCCAAAGUCUAUCUGCUGUUCUUGCAGAGAGGCACUGCCGGUUCUCGUGGCGAGAAAAAUGAUGCUGCAGAGUCUCCGGGCGACCCUGCAGAGGAAUCACACCUCUCAACCGACUUGGACCACCCGAUCUCCAAGCUAUGGAACUACGUGCAGCUCCUGGCCCGCUACGACACGUCGUACGACCUCCGUGACCGAGCACGGCUUUUCAAAGCUCUGCUCGCCAACCCUGCAUCCACCCAACUGGCGGCUCUGCUCCUUCUUGCACCCAAGCCCGUCCCACACUCUCCCUCCCCCUCGGAAAGUCGAAAAGGCCUGAUGCUGGGCAGUACCACCCUCGUCCUGGGCACAGACGUGGCGGGCAUUUUGGGGCUGCCGGGCUACGAGCAGCUACCAGACUGGGUGAGCGAAGGUCUUGAGCCCGAUGCCAAACUCAGAGACGCAGGCGACGGUGGCGAGAAAGACGAAUAUGUGCCCAUGGACAAAAGGACGGCAAGCUCUGUCGCCGCAAGUCGGAGAUUAGAUGAAGCCGUCAAGGAGCGGGGGUUGGAAAAGGUUGUUGCGGCGGGAACAACCAAGGCAAAUGUGAAGCCUAGGACUCUUGACGAUUGGCUGGCCGAGAGCGAGGAGGAGGGAGAAGAAGAGGAGGAAGAGGAGACCGAAGAGGAGACGGAAAGCGAGGAGACGGAUGAAGAAGAGUCGGAGGAAGCAGGCUCCGAAGAUGAAAGUGAGGAGGACGAGAGAGGAAUGGCCAGAGGCCUGAUGACCUCGCGGCCCUCAUGA